GGGGACCACGGGGAACAAGGGUGACCAACACCGCGAAAAUUCUCACUCAGUGAUCCACAUGCUGGUGCGCAUGCUCAGCCUCUGAAACUGCUCCACUCGCCGCCGGCUGGCCGCGCAUUUCUUCGGGCACCUACUACUGGGGCCGUCGCCAAAGCUACUAGUACGACAGCCACUGCUGCCGCCGGGACCGGGGUAGUAGUCCGCUCGCGCCGCAACCGAGUGGUGCGCAUCGUGGUCAGGCGCUUCUAGCACCGCCGUCGCCAGCACAGGUGUGCCGCGCCGGGUAGCACGAGUUGGGAACGGCUCCCGUUGCAGAGUUGCCACCUACGACCUGUCGAAAGGGCGUCGCUCCACCCGUGCUGGCGCGCCUCGGACUUGCGCUCGCCCCAUGCUGCUGCUGCUGCUGUUACAACACGCCUGCUGUCGACCCAGACUCGCUAUUCGAAGAUCAGCAAGGGGCGAAGAUAAAUUCAGUAAAAAUGUUUGCGAAGAAAUCCGAUACCGCUGCUACAGAUGA